UCGUUGAUCAUAAUCGCCAUUUUUUCUCAAUCGAGAACUUCUUUUUUUCUUCCAAAGAUUGAGAAUUCGCUGUUUUUCCAGGGCUUUGGCAAUUCUUUGAUAAACCAAAUUGCUGCGAAUUUUAGAGAUUAAAAAAAAAAAAAUGGCCCAAGCUGUAGAGGAGUGGUACAAACAGAUGCCAAUCAUCACCCGCACCUAUCUCACUGCCGCUAUUGUCACCACAAUCGGUUGCUCCCUCGAUAUAAUAUCGCCUUUUAAUCUGUGCUUGCAUCCAACACUCGUGGUUAAGCAGUAUCAGUUCUGGCGCCUUAUCACUAAUUUUCUUUUCUUCCGGAAAAUGGAUUUGGACUUUUUGUUCCAUAUGUUCUUCCUUGCUCGUUAUUGCAAGCUUCUUGAGGAGAACUCUUUCAGAGGAAGGACUGCAGAUUUCUUUUACAUGCUUUUAUUUGGAGCCACUUUUUUAACGGGCACUGUUCUUAUUGGGGGAAUGAUACCUUAUUUGUCAGAAUCAUUUGCGAAAAUCAUAUUCCUUAGCAAUUCAUUGACUCUAAUGAUGGUGUAUGUGUGGAGCAAACAAAAUCCUUUCAUACAUAUGAGUUUUCUGGGUUUGUUUACAUUUACAGCAGCUUAUCUACCAUGGGUGCUUUUGGGAUUCUCUGUCUUUGUUGGUGCUAGUGCUUGGGUUGAUCUGCUGGGAAUGAUUGCUGGCCAUGCCUACUAUUUUCUUGAAGAUGUGUAUCCUAAAAUGACGGGUCGCCACCCAUUAAGAACUCCAUCCUUUAUCAAAGCAUUGUUUUCAGAUGAAGCGGUAGUGGUGGCACGCCCUGCAAAUUUGAGAUUUGCUCCACCACCUGCAGAGGAAGUUCACCAAGAUUAGCCAGAUCCUUGAAUGGAGGAGACUGGUGGAGAUUACUUUAUCGCCUAUGAGAAUGGUAGGUCUUAAGAAAGUUUCAUAGGUCCAUAUUUUAAAAAAUAUCAACCAGGAUAUGCUAAUUGUGGUCGACCUGUCAUGACUCAUCGCGAUAUAUUUUGUAUAUGAUGUUUCUGUUGCUAGAUCUGUGAGAGGAUUUCAGAUGAGUUUUGUAAUUUAUAUAGGGAUGACCGAUUGCUUGUAAUUAGUACACCGUGCUUCUUCUGCAUUUGGUGGGACUGAAAAGGUUUAGCAAAAUACCAAAUUAAACCUUGUUUUCUCUUUUCCUCUGAAAGUUUUUAAUCCAAUUCUGACUCUGGUUCA